AUGUCCGAUACUUCAAUUCCUAAAUUACCUAACCUUGAGCUCGCACAAUACCGCUUCAUUUUGAAUAAUCCCAAAACUCCAGAGCAACAUGAAGAAGCUAAGGAAAAGUUAUUUAAUAUAAUCGAUGAAAAUAACAUGGCACCAUUUUAUCAACUUGUAACCGAGGAACUCAAGAUUCCGGUGAACAAGACUUUAUUAUCUAAAUAUCAAGAAGUAAAUAAAGAAGAAUUACAAAAAUUAGAAGAACGAUUGCAAGAUGCAGAACAAAAUCUUGGUGAAACAGAAAUAAGUGAUGCUUUAUUAGCUAAAGCCGAUUAUUUUGCCAAAAUUGCUGAUAAAGAGAAAGCUCAAGCAGCAUAUCGCGUUGCUUUGGAUAAAACUGCAGGACUAGGAUCUAGAAUUGAUAUAAUUUUUUCAUUUGUACGGAUCGGAUUCUUUUUUAAUGAUAAUGAUAUCAUUAGUCGUAAUGUCGAAAAAGCAAGAAGUAUGAUUGAGGAAGGUGGUGACUGGGAUCGACGUAACCGUCUUAAGGUUUAUGAAGGCAUAUAUCGAUUAUCAAUACGUGAUUUUAAAACAGCAGCAAAUUUAUUUCUUGAUACGCUUUCAACCUUUAUGUCGACCGAGUUAAUGGAGUACAAGGAUUUUGUGAAAUAUGCAGUUUUAGCAGGAGCCAUCUCUCUUAAUCGAGUUGAUUUAAAAAAGAAGGUGAUUGAUGCACCGGAAGUAUUGGAAGUACUAGAUGAAAUCCCACAUUUAAAAGUUUUCAUCAAUUCACUUUAUAAUUGUGAAUAUGCAAAAUUCUUCCAAGCUCUCGCUGAUGUGGAAGGAACUCAUCUUCGUACAUCAAGAUAUUUAUUCUCUCAUCUUCGUUAUUACGUACGUGAGAUGCGAAUAAUCGCAUAUGCGCAACUUUUAGAAUCUUAUCGUUCGCUUACCAUGGAAAGUAUGGCAAAUGCAUUUGGAGUUUCAGAAGAAUUCAUUGACAAUGAUGUUUCCAAAUUUAUUGCCGCCGGACGUCUUAAUUGUGUAAUUGAUAAGGUGAAUGGGAUUGUGGAAACGAAUAGACCGGAUGCUAAGAACGCACAAUACCAACAAACAAUUAAACAGGGAGAUAUACUAUUAAAUCGUAUUCAAAAGUUGUCAAGAGUUAUUAAUGUAUAG